AUGGGGACUCGUAACAGAGUGCUCUCUUUCAUGUCCAGUUUCUCCAAUCGAGACUCAAGCUCUCCGGCAUCAGCGGCGCCCCUCAAGACGAGACAAGAUUCCUUCAAAUAUGAACCCCCGAGGCAGGAGCUUUCAAAGGACUCGGUGGCGACAGGCGCUUCUACAGUCCACUCAUAUAACAUGGAUAACAGCUCCCCCCAACCAAGAGUCCAGCGAGAGCGAGCUUCAUCAAGGCCCAUGUCUAUGGUGCAGACAUACCAGCCUCCUCUGAUGGACGUGUCCCAGGAUACCUUGCCUGAGUUGCAACCCAUCUUCACAUUUCUGAAUAGCCAUGCAAACAAGCUGUAUCAAGAGGGCUACUUCUUGAAACUAGACGAUCAAAAUACACAUGGCAGAGCGAAUGCGGAUCGGACUUGGACAGAAUGCUUUGCACAGCUUGUUGGGACAGUUCUCUCCUUGUGGGACGCUGCAGACUUAGAUGCAGCAGGUCAAGAUGGAGAAGUCCUCCCUAAAUUCAUCAAUUUGACGGAUGCAUCAAUUAAAAUGAUUGAAUCACUCCCUACACGAUCAGACAAUGAGGCCCCUUUGCAAAAUGUCCUCAGUGUUUCUACUGCUGGGAAGAACCGAUAUCUCCUGCACUUCAACUCGCAUCAUUCUUUAGUCCAAUGGACUGCAGGAAUCCGACUAGCAAUGUAUGAGCACACCACCUUGCAGGAGGCUUAUACUGGCGCGCUGAUUGCUGGAAAAGGCAAAGCUUUGAAUAACAUCAACGUCAUAAUGGAACGCUCGAAGCUUAGAUCGGAGGACUGGGCAAGGGUAAGAUUCGGUGCUGGGACCCCGUGGCGCCGCUGUUGGUGUGUUAUCACACCACCAGAUGAAAAAGAGAUACAGAAAAUACAGAAACAGGUCAACAAGAAGAAGUCGGCGUAUGAUCGGUCAAGGUCUCCUAUUCUUAAGGGGGAUAUUAAGUUUUAUGACACGAGGAAGACGAAGAAGGUCCGACCAAUUGCUACAAUUACGGAAGCGUACUCGGCUUUCGCCAUCUACCCACAAUCGAAGCCGCUUAUAGAUGCUUCGACUCUGGUCAAAGUUGAGGGAUCGAUAACAAUUCAUUCAAACCCCCCUUCAACAACAGAGGGGUUCGUCUUUGUUAUGCCGGAAGUCCAUCCUGCUGUAAGCGGGUUUGAGAUGAUGCUGCGCUGGCUUUUUCCCGUAUUUGAUACUUUCGCUUUGUAUGGGCGGCCAGGUCGAUUGAUAGCCGAUACGUCAGAUCCUCAGAGUCUAAUGUUUGCAAUGCCUAAACAUCGUCGAUAUGGUUACCUAGAGAUAUUAGAUGUAACGGGGCUCAUUGUUGAACAAGGGAGCGCUAACUGGAGAGAGUCUGACUGGAGACGGAAAUUGAAGGAACUUACCAAGAAGCGAAUGACAGCCAUAGAAAAUGGUAGUGGAACGAACAGCAGGUAUAGCAGUCGAAAAAGCACCCGAAACAGUUACGGCCCAUCUCGAAGUCGGAUUCAGUUCGAUGAUGCAGCCUCGGUCAAAUCUUCCCCUUCAGCUAGCUGGGGUCAAGCUCCUGGUAUAGAUGGACCGUUUGGCGGGGUCCCGCGAACUGAUUCUGCUCCCGCAGGAGUGGCCUUUGCACCCCAAAAGCAAAACUCCUUAGUACAUCAUCGAUCUGUAUCCGAAACUCACGACUUGGACCGCUAUCAAGGCCAAUCUUCCCACUAUGAUGGCGUGCAUGACCAACCUCCUCCUCCCCCACCACACAGUGUUAGUAUCUCUGGGCGCGAAGGGUCUGGUCUGCGAUAUAAGAGUGAAAUGGCUUCGACCCCUGAGCGUGUCAGUUUGGAAGACGAUCAAGCUGCCCGAGCAACGCCCGUUCGAGAGCUCCAAGAGUUGCAGGCCACAACGUCUCCCGAACCGGUUUCCGCCCCACCAGCAUUUUUGCACGCUCCAGGCUCCAUGCCAGCGAGCAAGCCUUACGAUUCGCCAGAGCUGCGCAAGGCUAACAGCCGGAUGUCCAACGCAACUCUUUCUCAACUAGCAGGUGCCGGUGGCGUUGCAGCCGCGUAUCAUGGAGAAUCAAGAACAAGUGAAGAUCAAAGACACCAGAGCGUGGGUCAAGUCUCGGAGGAAAGGGGUCAGAGAGGGGUACCGUCAGACGCCAACAUAUAUGAGUAUCGUGCUAACCAAGGCGGUCUCAAUGAAGGCUUGGUAGUACCAUUAAAAUCCCGUUUCUCUUUCGAAAAUUCUUCUUCUUCGCGGUCCUUAGAUUUCGAUUCUCAAACAAAUCAUUCUCAACAGCCUACGCAGUAUCCGCCUACUUUCUCGAAAAACAUCCCUUCAAAUUCCCGAAUUACUACUGGCCCCAUGCCCCCACCACCUGACAACAGAGGCAAUGCACCCAACUCUCGUACGUAUCAACCGCCUCAAAUUUUCUCUUCUCCAGACUCGGAAAACCAAAUCCUUCCAUCCCAACAGGGUCACUUUCCACAGCAGUCCGCAGACUUAACUGCUAGUACAAUUCCUCAACCUUCUCGAAUUCAGACUAGCCAAAGUAUUAUCCGCAAACCUCUUCCAUUGCGAAAAGAGAGCUUCCCAGCUCCUAGUCCUGUCGAAACAGCUUCAAGUGCAGGGAGUUUCGCACGACAUGUCAUCGAUCAAGCUGCUUUUGAUAUGAUCGGUCGACGUGAAACGCUCCACCCAGGAUCUCUAGUGCACAGACAAAAGAGUGGUGCGAGCAGCUUUUACGAAGAUACAGCCUCAACGGACUCCCCAGAUUAUGCCAGCACGGCAAGACCUUCUAUUGAUACCCAGAAAUCGGUCGAAAAACCACGAGCUGGGAUAAAGAAGACAGUUGGAGACCCAGAAGCUGGAAUGCCACAAUCAGGUGAUAUUCGCUCAUCAAUUCAUAUCGACUUUGGCCCGACUCUGAAUUAUGCCUCGGACCGUCUGCCACAACAGCAAAGCCCCGGCCCAGCUCAAAUGUACGGAAAUGAUGGCCCACGAUAUGGCAGUCCUACGAGGGGUAUUAGUCCUGGUCCUGGAAUGAACCAUCCUGCAGAGAAAGCCCCACAGCGCCGGAGUCCAAGACCUGACAGUCCCGGCCAGUCUACACCACCUAACCGUAAUGUAAACACACCUGAACAUUCACAUUACCGCAAUGUUUCAGCCGAAAGCAGGACUUUGGCGUGGCAGCCUAGUAUGGCUACGGUCAUAGGUGCAAACUCCUCAAUACAGCAGCAUGGCAUCACCCCCGAGCAAUUUGUACAGCAACGAGCGGCGGCAGCAACAACACCUUUGUAUGCACACCAGCGUCAACAGUCUGGUAAAACACUUGGUCGCAAUACACCUACUCCCCCUCUGGUCAGAAAUCGUUCCAGUGAGCUUCUGGUUCAGCAAGGACAUUCCCGCAACUCUUCUGCUGACCUUCUCCAACGUCCCAGCUCUCGAGGAGCUUCCAUAGCUCUUGGACUCUCUGGAUCUGGUGACAUUGUAUCGAAGUUAUCAGCACGGGAGCAAGAACACCUUGCUAGGGUAACAGGCCAGCCCUUGAUCAAUAUGGCUCAAAACAACAAUCGACAAGCAGCGCCUGGGAGUGGGCUGGUUGGUACUAUAUCUGCUCGAGAACAGGAAAAGCAACAAAUGAAACAAGGCAUCAACAGUCAGGCUGUGCAGCAAGCGAUCGCUCAGCGCCAGCAACAAGCCAUGUAUCAGCAAUGCCCCGAACAGAUGGCAGGAGGACAGCGCCUAUCGCAAUAUGGUAACAUGCCUCAAUACCCACAACCCCAGUAUUCUAUUCAACACCAAGGCCAACAAGCUUGGGUAUCGCCAGCACCGAAUGUUUUCGCUCAAGGAGGAGGCUGGGCUACUCCAUCUCCAGGAUAUGCUGCUCCUGAUCAGGGGAGGCAAUCUCCAUCCUUCUAUCCAGCACAGCAACAGUACUUUCCACCACAGCAACAAGGAGGUCGCGGGAGGGGUAAUUCGGGAGGCUAUCAUGGACACGGCUUUUAG